AGAUGAAAUGUCAGUGUUUUUAUUAGGUCAAAGGUUAGCCCGUUUCCGUUCCCACGCGGAAAGUUUGCUCCCACGAGAUAGUACAUAUCUAAUCUUUGGAGCAUUCGCCCUUCAUUCGUCAGGGAAAUGUCCUUACAGGCAAUUCGAUACAAGCGUGGGGAGUUGCAGUUGCUGAACCAGCUGUUGCUGCCUGAUAGGACGGAGUAUGAAGACAUCAAGACUGUCGAAGACGGCUGGAGGGCAAUCAAAGAGAUGAAGGUUCGUGGAGCACCUGCCAUUGCUAAUGCAGGAUGUCUGAGUGUUGGGGUGGAGGUAGCCAACAGGGACUUCCGAUCUGCAGAAGAACUGGUGAAGUUUGUGACAGACAGUUUGGCGUAUCUGGUCACCGCCCGUCCGACCGCUGUCAACAUGAAUGAAGCUUCCAUCCGUUUUUCAAAGGAGAUCUCUCAACUCAGUAAAGAUGGUCAUUCCAGUAAGGAGAAAAUUAAAGAUUGGUUUUUACAGGCAAUAAAGGACAUGUUGGACAAGGAUGUAGAGGAUAAUAGGACCAUGGGACGGUACGGUGCCGAACAUAUCCUGCAGAACGUUGGUGAGAGACGAGUGACAGUUCUCACACACUGUAAUACGGGAUCUCUGGCCACGGCAGGGUACGGAACUGCACUGGGUGUCAUCAGAGCUCUGAAUGAGAAGAAGGCUAUUGAGGAGGUGUACUGUACAGAGACCAGGCCAUAUAACCAGGGGGCCAGGUUAACAGCGUAUGAACUGGUACAUGACAACAUCCCGGCCACCUUGAUAACUGAUAGCAUGGCAGCAGCACUCAUGAGGACAAAAGGCAUCUCAGCGGUUGUUGUCGGUGCAGACAGAGUGGUUGCUAACGGUGACACGGCAAACAAGAUUGGCACGUACCAGCUGGCCAUACUGGCCCAUCACCACGGCGUGCCGUUCUACAUCGCUGCGCCGUCCACGACCUGUGACCUCUCCCUGCGCACAGGAGAGGAGAUUGUGAUAGAGGAGAGGUCGCAAAAGGAGAUGACCCAUAUCGGUGGCACAAGGCUUGCACCUGAAGGAAUCAAGUGCUGGAAUCCUGCCUUUGACGUGACACCCCAUGACCUGAUCACAGGGGGGAUCAUCACAGAGAAGGGGGUGUUCCCCCCAGAAAAGUUAGAAACAGCACUGCAACAGAUCAAUGGACAGGACAGAUAGGAUAUUCUACAGCUUAGAUUCUACUAGCUAUGUCCCUACAAAAACGAAUAUCAUUCCUGUAUUUAUAUGUACUUAUUUGGGGCAUAAUGCCAUGCUGCAUCCAUACUACUGGCUAUGUCCCUACAAAAACAAAUAUCAUUCCUGUAUUUACAUACUCAUUUAAGCAUAAUGCCAAGCUGCAUCUCUGCAUGCAUUGAUUUUCACUGGUUUAUUUCUUUUUAAAAGAAGGAAAGAAAUUAUGCCCCUCAGAGCUACAGGCAAAGACUUACUAUGUUCAACAGUGGUGAAGAUAUCAUUUUGCAUGCAUACUUCUCUUGCCAAGAGACGGACAAAGCAAAGUGAUUCGUUUUAUUAGUUAAUCAUUGGAUAAUUCCUGCCUCUUAUCGUCCUAUGUUUCUGGAGGUGUCUUCUGAAACAACGCAAUCUACCUCCUGAAUGAACAAGUGUAGGAGUUAGUUUGUCUUCAGAAACUAGAUAGUCUACUUCCUGAAUAACUUUAUUCUCCUAAUACAUGUAAUAAUAAGCAUAUUUUGAAUCAAAACAAGCUACCUCUGGAAAGAACUACUGUACAAGUUAGUUCAAGUUUAAUCAUUGAAGACAAUUUUCUGUGGAAAGUUUGACGUAAUGGUUUCCAAUGGGACAGAAUUUAAAACUUUUUGUUUUUCAAGAAAAAAAUAUGGAACAAAUAUGUGUAAACUUAACAGCAAAGAAAGUAGGAAUUGUCAUAUCCCCAGGAUAAAAUUAUUAAAGAGAAUGAAGAAAUGUCAAGAGAAUUU